AUGCGUCGUAUCUUGCACAUGAAUCACCACUACCCCCUGACCAAGGAGAUGUUCAACACGAACAACACUCUUCGGUUUGACCUCGAGCACCCCGAGCAGAUUAUCCUCAUCCCAACUAAAUACAACAAUCGCAUUGACAUGGAGAAAGCCGUCAAAGAAGUUGUGGCUAAGAUGAAAGAAAGCCGUGAGCGCUUGGGGGAGAUGGGGAGGGACAAAACCCUUUCCCAGGGUCAAGUCCAAUCGACCAUCGACAUUGCAACGAACAUCGUGGAAUCCAUGAACCACAUAGUAAAGCGAUAUUACAAUGAAAGAGAAGAAGGCCUUAGUGUCAUGAAGCAGCGGGAGUACGCUGCGAUCAAGGAUACUGGCAUGUCGAAGCCCUUCAAGCAUGCUGCAAUCGCGCUGAAGUACCACUUGGACCUCCAAGAGAAGUGGUUCACCUUCCAAGUGGCCCGACGUGGCCGCGAGAUGGAAGAUGGCCUGGACAAGCUCAAACGCUACAGCCAAGAAGCGUUGCUCAUUUCUAAUGGAAACGAGCCUCUUUGGGGAACAACACUUGCCUAA